AUGUCAGACUCGUCAAAAAAGUUCAGUUCCCUUCCCCGCGCCGCAGCGGGGCCGUUGAUCUGUCCAUACAAGGGAUCCUCCCUCCUCGAAUCAUCCCAAUUCAACAAAGGCUCCGCCUUCCCAGAACACGAGCGAACAAAGUUCAACCUCCAUAGCCUCCUUCCACCAAACAUCCAGACACUGGAUGAACAAGUGGAACGCGCUUACCAGCAGUACCAAAGCAGAGAUGACAAUCUAGCCAAGAAUACCUUUCUAGCCAGUAUGAAAACCCAGAAUGAAGUACUCUACUACAAGCUCGUGCAAACGCAUCUCAAGGAGAUGUUUAGUAUAAUAUACACUCCGACUGAGGGUGAUGCGAUUCAGAAUUACUCCCGCUUGUUCAGGAGGCCAGAGGGGUGUUUCUUGAAUAUUAAUGACCAGGAUCGGGUUGAAGAGUAUCUUUCUGCGUUUGGGUCAAGGCAGGAUGUUGAUUAUAUUGUCGUCAGUGACGGUGAAGAGGUUUGUUUGCUCAGCCCGCCCUGGGGAUACCUGUUAGACGAAUGGUCUGGCUCACCGAAACUGCAGAUAUUGGGCAUCGGAGACCAGGGUGUGGGUGCUAUUCUGAUAUCGGUUGCCAAACUGGUCAUCACCACGCUGUGUGCCGGCAUCCAUCCUUCACGACAGCUUCCUGUUGUGUUGGACUGCGGGACAGAUAACGAAAAGUUACUCAAUGAUGAACUCUACCUUGGCCUGCGACAGCACCGGGUUAGAGGAGAGAAAUACGAUGAAUUUGUGGACAAAUUUGUGAAAGCUGCUCGCAAACGGUUCCCAAAGGCUUAUAUCCACUUCGAGGAUUUCGGGCUCAGCAAUGCACGGAGAAUACUCAAUAGAUAUCAAUCACAGAUCCCGUGUUUCAAUGAUGAUAUCCAGGGAACUGGGUGUGUCACACUGGCCGCGAUGUUGGCUGCUCUAGAAGUCAGUCAAGUCAAGCUGGAAGAUGUGCGAAUAGUAAUCUUCGGCUCUGGAACUGCCGGUACUGGAAUUGCCGAUCAAGUUGCUGAUACCAUCGCCAACGAGACAGAAAAGUCAAAAGAAGAAGCGUCUAAGCAGAUAUGGUGCAUCGACAAACCCGGUCUCCUCGUGAAAUCCCAAGGUGACCAACUAACUGACGGCCAACGGCCAUUCGCACGAGACGACACCGAAUGGUCCGAUGGACGAGAUCUCCUUUCCGUCGUCAAAAAGGUCCAUCCUCACGUUCUCAUCGGAACAUCUACGAAACCCGGUGCAUUCACCGAAGACAUCAUCCGCGAUAUGGCCAAGAACGUCGACCGUCCAAUCGUCUUCCCUCUUAGCAACCCAACCCGUCUCCACGAGGCAAAGCCGGAAGAUCUAUACAAAUGGACAGACGGAAAAGCCCUCAUUGCAACAGGAAGUCCCUUCCCACCAGUCAAGCACAACGGCACGGAGUAUGAGAUCGCAGAGUGUAACAACUCAACUUGUUUCCCGGGUAUCGGGCUCGGCGCAGUGCUCUCGCAAUCUCGUCUCUUGUCGAAGAAAAUGCUGGUUGCGGCUGUUAAAGCGCUCAAGGCUCGGUCACCGGCUUUGAAAGAUCCUACUAAGCCUUUGCUUCCUGAUGUGCAGGAUGUGCGGGAGAUUAGUGUGGAUAUUGCUGUUGCUGUGAUUAAGUGUGCUGUUGAGGAGGGACUUGCUCAGGCCGAGGGGAUUCCGAGUGCUGAGUCUGAGCUAAGGGAGUGGAUUGAGGUUCAGAUGUGGGAUGCUGAGUAUAGGCCUCUUGUAUGUGAUAGCCAGUGA